ACAUCAGGCGAGAAAAAAAUCUUCUCCAUCCUCAUCAUCAUCAUACACAUUCUCAUCUUAAUAACCUUUUCAUCCUUCAUCAUUUUCGUCUUCCUCAUCAUCAUCAUCAUCAUGUUCACACUGAAUUGCGCCUGAUCAUCAGGAUUAAUGGAAGACAAAUAAAAACUUCCCUUCGACUCCCUCCCAGCAUUUAUCCCAAUUAUCUCAACAGUUAAGUUAAUUCAGGUGAUUUGAUGGUUAAUCAUUGAUCAGCUGAUUCUAAACACUUUCAUCUUUAGCUUAAAAUCAUCAGCAAAUUGAUUAUCAUUAGUAGAGUUUACAACCGAUUCUCCGAUCAGAUCAAAUAAUCUUAAUUGUGCCCACUCAAUCAACGCAAUCAAAUGUCAUCCCAAUCAACUUUUAAUUGUAUCCAUUGGUUUCGACAUGGGUUAAGAUUAACCGAUAUGCCGUCACUUGAUCAGGCCACAAAGAUUUGUAAUACAAUUUAUCCACUAUUUAUAUUUGAUGGUCUAAGUGCUGGACUUAAUGUUGCUGGUUACAAUCGAACCCGUUAUUUACUUGAGUGUUUAAAUGAUUUAGAUGAACAAUUUAAAUCAUUUGGUGGUCGAUUGUAUUGUUUUCAUGGUAAUUUUAUUGAAAUAUUGAGAAAAUUAUUCGACCAAUGGUCAAUCACUCAUUUAAGCUUUGAAUUGGAUCCUGAACCCAUUUGGAAGGAGAGAGAUGAUAGUGUUAAACAAUUAGCUAAAUCACUUGGAAUUAAAGUAAUUGAGAAAAUAUCUCACACUCUUUGGGAUCCAAAUCAAGUAAUUAAAGUUAACGGCGGUCAACCUCCUCUUAAUUAUGAGAUGUUCUGCCACACGGUCAAUGUUAUCGGUCAACCAGAUCGACCUCUGCCCAAGCCUGAUUUUGAGAAACACGGAAUAUCAUUUCCAUUAGAUUAUUAUGAUGAAAAUCUAACCGGAGUUCCAUCAUCUCCAUUGGCACUUGGAAUUCAAAUGGAAUCAGAGAAUCAAGUUAAUCAAGUUUGGUUUGGUGGUGAAACGAUUGCCCUUCAAUUGUUAAUUGAUCGACUUAAUUAUGAGAGAAAAGCCUUUCAGGUUGGUGAUUAUUUACCAACUCAAUCAACGCCCGAUCUAAUUAACGAGGCGAAAUCGUUAAGUCCAGCAUUGCGACAUGGCUGUUUAUCGGUGAGAAAAUUUUAUUGGGAUUUAAAUGAUUUGUAUGAAUCAAUUUUCGGUAAUUCAGUUAAACCUCGAAUCGUUGGACAAUUAAUCUGGAGGGAAUUCUUUUAUACAAUGUCAAUCAAUAAUCCUAAUUAUGGACAAAUGAUUAACAAUCCAGUUUGUCUUCAAAUCAAAUGGAAACACGAUCCAAAUGCUUUCCAGGUUUGGUCAACAGGUAAAACUGGUUAUCCCUUUAUCGAUGCUGCAAUGCGUCAAUUAAUUGCUGAAGGUUGGGUCCACCAUGCAGCUCGAAACGCUGUCGCUUGUUUCUUGACCAGAGGUGACCUUUGGCUUUCAUGGGAACUUGGAUUGAAAUUUUUCCUCAAAUAUUUGAUCGACGCUGAUUGGUCAGUUUGUGCAGGUAAUUGGAUGUGGAUCUCAUCAUCAGCAUUUGAUACAAUCUUACAAUCCGAUGCUUGUAUAUCACCAAUCAACUAUGGCCGUUGGCUCGAGCCCACCGGUAAUUAUAUUAGGAAAUACGUUCCCGAACUGACCGAUAUGCCAACUCGAUACAUUUUCAACCCGUCAACGGCACCAAUUGAAAUUCAACGUCAAGCAAACUGUCUAAUCGGUAUUGAUUAUCCUCAGCCAAUUGUUAACCAUGAAAUUGUCUUUAAAAACAAUCAACAUCUAAUGGAAUCGGUUAAAAAUACAUUUCUUGAUCAUCGAUACCAAUCACUUGAUCACUUUAAUCAUGUUCCUAAUCAUGUUGCUCCAAGUCAUCUUGAAGAAACCAAGGCCUUCCUAUGUUUACCAGAAGAUUUCUUCAACAAUCUAAUCAUUUAACCAAAAUCACAACAAUUAAUCCCAAUCAACAAGUCAAAACAAUCACCUGAUUAUCAAAAACCAAACAAAACAAACAAAUUGACAAAAGUUUCAGGUAAAUAGUUAAUUAAACCGAUAAUAGGUGUCGCUUAAGUUUCCAUGAAAAACAUUGAAUUAAAAAAUCAACAUUUCCAAUUGAAUUAAAUUACAAAUUAAUUGUUUAACUUUGAGAUACUAAUUUCAUACUUUUUCAAACUAAUUGUAAGAAAGAUAGAGAAUCAAAUUAACCCAAUUAAUUUGACCCCAAGUCAACAGAAAGACUGUUAAUCCUUAAAAAUCCUCAAAUUCACUUGGAUUGUUACAAUUAAAACUUUUAUAUAAUCUUAAAUUACCCAGGAUAUUUAAGAAAUUUACUAAAUGAAAAUAAUAUCCUGACAAUUAAAGAUUUUACAGAAAGUAAAUACUAAUUGGUAAGAAAGUAAUUAACAUGUGUUAUCCCUGUAAUCUGUAAACUGUAUCGGAAAAAAAUUAACAAAAUUAUUACCAUUGAGAUGGUUUAACAACCUCUUUGUUAAUCAUUGUUAAAUUGUGUCUCAAUGUUUAACGUAGUUAGUUAACCAAAGAAAAAUAAAUUGUAUCUUUUAACACCAAAUGAUAAAGAUAAUAUCAUGAUAAUGAUAAUCAUCUUUCCAGCCAAAUAUCAUCAAUUAUAAUGGUGAAAAGCUCAGCUCUUCAAUUCCGGAAGCAGUUAUCCUGAAACUCAUUCAGCCAAAUAAUAACCCUGGUCUCGGUGUUAUAACUCACCCCCCACCUCAGGUUUACACUUACCUUUGCCACUUCAUUUGAUAACAAUAAUAAUAAUAACAAUAAUUGCUAAUAAAUAACAAUCAUGAUAAUAAUCAUAAUCGUAAUGAUAAUAUAAUAAUAACUACAGUUGAGCAAUUUACUGUAACUAAUCCUUUACUUUUUUUCCCUAUUCUCGUAUCAUUAUUAUAACUGAAUUAAGUUAAUUAUUACCAAAGAGAUAGUAGUUACAAUGUAAUAUGAGAAAAAGGAUAAUCAUUGUUACAAUUUAUAUAAGUUGAUUAUCAUGACAAUUAA